AUGGCGGCGGCGGCAUCAAGUAAAGUUCCAUUGUUAAUGCUUGCAGAGAAGGAGGAGAAUGGAGAAAUUCGCGAGUUUUUUGAUUUAUCAAGCGGUAUUACACACUCCAUGAAUUUACCUGAAUUAGCAGGGAAGUGCUGUUUGGGUGUGGGAUUUCCAGGUUGGGUUUUCACGUCUGAUAAACAAGGAAAUAUGAAUUUAUUUCAUAUUUUCACAGGGACUCUAAUCAACCUCCCACACAUGUCUAUGUUAGAAGGUUAUGAUUCUGAAGAGGAAAUUGAUUGUACUGAUUAUGUUGAAAAAGCAGUAAUUUCUGCUGAUCCUCUAUCGUCACCAACAACAGACUAUGUUUUGGGCCUAAUUCAAGGCGACAUUGUCAUCUUCAGUUUUCAUCAACACGAUGAUUGUGGUGGUGCAAGAGUUGUUAAAGGUAUACCUAUAGACUUAAUUGGCUGUUGUCAGCUCUACAUUGUCUAUUCAAUGGGUGAACUAUUAGUUAUUCAUAGAGACGGAACUAUUAGUGAUGAGGGCCAAGAUAGUGAUCAAUAUGGAGCUAAAACAUUCCACGUGUACAAGAUUAAUGAUUAUAAUUAUGAAGAGAUUAAAGAUUUGGGUGAUAGGGCAUUGUUCGUUGGCAAAAGUGCUACUUUGGCUAUGGCUAUUGAAGAAGAUGAUCAAGGUUCUGGAUACAAAAGGAAUCAUAUUUAUUUCACCGAUGAUUGUGUCGAUAGCUAUUUUAAUCUUGAACAAGGUGGUGGCAAGGAUAUGGGCGUUUACAAUAUGGUUGAUGGAACCAUUGUGCCCCAUUACACUGGUCAAUCUUACCACAAAGUCACUCCACCACUUUGGGUUUAG